CUCUUGCUUGUCUUUAAUGACACACACUGCAACACUUGAUGGCAUCAUCACUAACCUGACCGGUACAAUCCAGUCGUUAGAGUCAUGUGACCAAUUGAAUGAAGGCGGGAUACAUGUAUUAUUACAUGUUUAUUGGACGAUGGUAUCACUACUAUACACAGCAGUUACUAUCCUUGGUGAUAAAUAUGUCUCCAUGUUCAAUGAAGAAUGUAAUAGAAUUAUCAAGUACUUACUAAAGCAAAGAGAAGAUACCUUUGAUACUGCUAGUGUAUUCAAGAAUGGUGUACCAUCACUAUACCCUUGUUCCUGUUUCCUGGAGGUGUGGUUACUGGUCGCCAAGGCAACAGAUAAGAUUUCCAGCACCAACAGAACUCCAUCAUUUUUAGAGCUGCUAUACCAGUGUAUCUCAAGUACUGGAUCGAUUGGUUUCAAUUGGUGGGUGUUGGUUCAGUGCAGUGCUCUAUAUACAGUAAUGAUGGAGUCUGGAAUGAUGAUUAUAAAAUUAAUGGACAAUGAACUAUAAUUAAGGACAUUAUUAAUAAAACAUUUAAGUCAAAUGAAGUAAGUAAAUUCUU